AUGCUUCCUCUACGCUUCCUCCGACAUCGCUCACCCUUUGCGACCUCCAUCCGUACAGCUUCCUCUUGCUCGACUUCCUCCCGCCUUGAGACCCUGGCCAAGUCUCCGAUCCGUGUCCUCCGAUCCGUCGAAGCUGUACGUCGCUGGCGUAACCCUCAUGUCGUGAAUCACCGAUCAGUCGGCCUCGUGCCCACUAUGGGUGCUCUUCACGAGGGCCAUCUGGCGUUGAUACGCGCCGCUGCCAAGGAGAAUCAUCAUGUUGUCGUGAGCAUAUAUGUCAAUCCGGCGCAAUUUGGCAUACAAGAAGAUCUAUCAUCAUAUCCAGUCACCUGGGACGAAGACGCAAAGAAGCUGGCUGCACUGGAUAGGGAACUUGCAGACGAUGGAGGAAACUUGGGUCGCAUCUCUGCUGUGUUUGCGCCAACGACACCAGAGAUGUACCCCAGCGGCUUUCCAGGCCAGGAAGUCAAUAGUAAAGGAAGCUUUGUUACAAUCACGCCUGUUGGAGAAGUAUUGGAGGGUGCCAGCAGACCAACAUUCUUCCGAGGUGUUGCGACAGUGUGCUUAAAGCUAUUCAAUAUUGUCCAGCCCGAGCGUGUGUACUUUGGUCAGAAGGACGUCCAACAAACAGUUGUUAUCCGUCGAAUGGUCAAGGAUUUCAUCCUGCCCAUGGAGGUUGUCGUUGAACCCACACAACGUGAGCUCGAUGGCCUUGCUUUGAGUUCUCGGAAUGUGUAUCUUGGCCCAAGACGAAGAGCUGUUGCUACAGUGCUUCCCCAUGCACUAUUUUCCGCUGCCGAAGUAUACAACACUAAGGCUUCGCGCAAGAGAGAAGAAAUUCUUGGUGCUGCACACAAUUUUAUCGAUGCUACAGCAUCCCGCCAGUCCACGCUUCCUCCCACAGAACGUGUGCUCUUCGAGGUUGACUACAUAUCUCUGGCAGACCCAGAAACAUUAGUGGAAAUCGAUGAGGUUGAUCCAUCGCGCGGAGCAGUCAUGAGCGCAGCGAUUAAGAUGUUACCAGUGGAGCAGGCUCAGAAAGACGAGGACUUGGGCUUCAGUGGAGGCCCGGCGGUCCGUUUGAUAGACAAUAUCAUCCUCAAGCCCCAAGAGCCUAAGGAACCAUAG